UUGUACCAAACAAUUUCGAAAAUGUCUUUAUAAACUUGUGAGAAACAAAUUCUCUUCUUCAAAACACAACUCAAACGACAACAACACGAGCAAAGCUUUACAAAUGCUCUUCCUAUUUUUUUUUUGUUUUGUUUCCAAAGCUUUAAAUGGCAUCAUCUUCUUAUAAUAAUUUGGAAGAAUUUGAUGAAAGAUUUGAUGAAAGAUUCGACCAAAUUUUCGAUCAACAAUUCGAAAAUCUUCGCAUUCGUAAUGAAGCCCGUCAAGAAGCAUCAAGGUCUCAAAAAAAAAGAGCAUACAUUGAAAGACAACGAGAACAAGGGCACUUGCAGUUAUGGAACGAUUAUUUUAGUGAAGAUGCAACAUAUCCUUCUCACAUGUUUCGACGCCGUUUUUGAAUGAACAAGCCCUUGUUCAUGCGUAUUGUUGAUCGACUCUCCGCUGAAAUCCCAUAUUUUCAACAAAGAAGAGAUGCUACUGGAAGGUUCGGUCACUCUCCGUUACAAAAGGCAACGGCCGCUAUCCGUAUGAUGGCGUAUGGUUCCCCAGCUGAUGCCGUCGACGAAUACCUCCGACUUGGUGAGACCACCGCGCUUUUAUGCUUGGAACAUUUUGUUCAAGGAAUCAUAAAUAUAUUUGGAGAUGAGUAUCUAAGAAGACCCACGCCAGAAGAUCUUCAACGACUAGUCGAUAUUGGAGAGAUACGCGGAUUUCCCGGGAUGAUAGGAAGCAUCGAUUGUAUGCAUUGGGAGUGGAAGAAUUGUCCAACCGCAUGGAAAGGUCAAUAUACACGUGGAUCAGGAAAGCCAACCAUUGUUUUAGAGCCUGUAGCUUCACAAGAUCUCUGGAUAUGGCACGCGUUUUUCGGACCACCAGGUACAUUAAACGAUAUCAAUAUUCUUGAUCGAUCACCGGUUUUUGAUGAUAUAUUACAAGGUCGAGCUCCAAAAGUUAACUACAUAGUCAACGGACACGAGUACCAUUUGGCUUACUAUCUCACAGAUGGUAUUUAUCCAAAAUGGGCUACUUUUGUCCAAUCUAUUCCCCUACCGCAAGGUCCGAAAGCAUCCUUAUUCGCUACACAUCAAGAAGCUGUACGUAAAGAUGUCGAGCGUGCUUUUGGGGUCUUGCAAGCUCGAUUUGCCAUAGUCAAAAAUCCGGCUCUUUUGUGGGAUAAAAUAAAAAUUGGAAAGAUAAUGAGAGCAUGUAUCAUUCUACAUAAUAUGAUCGUAGAAGACGAACGAGAUGGGUACACUCAGUUUGAUUUAUCAAUUUUCGCACAACCGGAAUCAACCCGAAGUUCAGAAGUGGAUUUCACGUAUUCUACAGAUAUGCCUUCAAAUCUCGGCAAUAUGAUGAGCAUUCGGAAUCGAGUUCGUGAUAGAACAAUACAUCACCAGUUGAAAGCUGAUUUGGUUGAGAAUAUAUGGCAAAAUUUUGGAACAAAUCAAGAUUUCAACUAAUCGGUUUUUUCUCAUUUACGAUUUGUAUCUGUAUUUUUCAUAUGUUUUAUGUAAUUUUUAUUAAAAAUUUUAUGUUUACUUUUAUUUCAAAUCAUUCUAAUUAAAACAAAAUUAAUUUCA